AAAAACACUAAAGGGGUAGCUAUGGAGAUGGAGCGUUUUCCUGGCUGCCUUCUUUGACAGGUGUUGAGUGGGGCAAAAGUCUUAAAACAGAAUCCAGCAUGUACGCCAAAGGUAAAGGAGCUGUCGUCCCUUCCGAUAGCCAAGCGAGAGAAAAGUUAGCUUUAUAUGUGUAUGAGUAUUUGCUGCAUGUUGGCGCACAGAAAUCAGCACAGACCUUCCUGUCAGAGAUCCGAUGGGAGAAGAACAUCACACUUGGGGAACCUCCAGGAUUUUUACACUCAUGGUGGUGUGUAUUCUGGGAUCUGUACUGCGCUGCCCCCGACCGGAGGGAGACGUGCGAACAUUCCAGCGAGGCCAAGGCUUUCCAUGACUAUAGUGCAGCCGCUGCCCCCAGUCCAGUGAUGGGCAACAUGCCACCCAAUGAUGGCAUGCCAGGGGGACCCAUGCCCCCAGGAUUCUUUCAAGGUCCACCAGGAUCUCAGCCGUCCCCUCACACGCAGCCUCCCCCACACAACCCCAGUAAUCCCAUGAUGGGACCUCACGGACAGCCAUUCAUGUCCCCACGGUAUCCAGGUGGCCCAAGGCCCGCCCUUCGAAUGCCAAAUCAGCCUCCUGGGAGCAUCCCCGGGUCACAGCCCCUCCUGCCAAACAGCCUGGACCCCACCAGGGCUCAAGGACAUCCUAACAUGGGAGGUCCAAUGAGAAUGAAUCCUCCCAGAGGCAUGGGAGGCAUGGGUCCACAGAACUACGGCGGAGGAAUGAGGCCUCCUCCAAACUCCAUGGGUCCAGGGAUGCCUGGCAUGAACAUGGGUCCUGGUGGAAGAGGUCCAUGGCCAAACCCUAACUCAAAUUCAAUAGCGUAUUCGUCUUCAUCUCCAGGCAACUAUGUGGGUCCUCCAGGGGGAGGCGGCCCGCCAGGAACUCCCAUCAUGCCUAGCCCCGGAGAUUCAACAAACUCAAGUGAAAACAUCUACACAAUGAUGAACCCCAUUGGCCCUGGUGGAAAUAGACCGAAUUUUCCAAUGGGACCAGGUCCUGACGGGCCAAUGGGUGGAAUGGGAGCGAUGGAGCAGCAUCAUAUGAACGGGUCUCUAGGCUCUGGUGACAUGGAUGGGUUGCCAAAGAAUUCUCCCAACAACAUGGGGGGCAUGAACAAUCCCCCCGGCACCCCGCGAGAUGACGGCGAGAUGGCAGGCAACUUUUUAAACCCAUUCCAAAGUGAAAGUCCCCUGAGGAUACCCAUGGAAAGCAGGACUCCCCUCAAGGCCCCUCAUCCCAACGCCUGUAAAAUGGGUGUAAGAGCAUGAAACGGCCUCCAAGCAACACGAAGAGGCUCCGCUCCGGUCCUCCUCGCCUGCCAGGCCCUGACAGGGGCCCUCGGACAGUGACAGCUCAACCUGUCUCCCAAAUUCAAAGUCUGCCCCUGUGGGUGACAUCUCAGCCCAAUCAAGAUGUCCUUCUGCAUCAAGCGCUCCAUCACAUCAUGGUGAGGGCAAGUUGACUGAUGAGGGGGAAGGGCAUCAACCUUCUUUCUAAAGCUCCUGUGGCAGGAAUUCUAUAUGUAUAUGUAUAUUAACAUAUAUACAUAUAUAUAUAUAUAUAUAUACGUAUAUAUGUAAACAAUCAUAUGAACUGAUGAUGUUAUGUUAGGGCAAGUAUGGUUUUCAUUAAAUAUUUGUAUUUGUUUUAUGUUGCUGAUGAUGAUAUAAUGUUAUCAUUUUCAUAAUUGAUAUUAUUCAACUAUUGUAGUUAUGAUUUUCUGUAAAGGGCACAUUUUAUCGCAGCAGCGGCGUCAACAGAGACAGAAUGAGCACACGCUCAAGACAAUGCACAAUGAUUUUCUGUUUACAUGACUUUAGGUUGUCUGUCGUUUGUUUGUGUUACAGCCUCAUUUCACGCACCCCUCGUAGCUCGCGUCUUUGCCCUCUACGUGUUUUUGUAGCACCAUUUCAGGUUCUGGACAGAUUUGUGUCCUCUCUGGAUUUGGUCUUGUUCGUACAACAUACUUACAGCAGCUUGUAAUGGGAUUGUUUUGUUGUUUUUAUCAUCAUUUACAACAUUGUCUGUAGAUUUGGAAAAUGUGUUUCCUUCCCCUUCAUCACGUUGUUUGGUUUCAGCUUUGUUGUGGACUCCUCAUGUGGCACUGUUCUCCUCCUAGCCUGGUCUGUCCUCUGUGUCUCCUAUAUUUUUUGAACUUUAGAAGACUGUGGGACAUCCAAUACACUUGUGAAGUUGAUCCUUUAUGAUACACUCUCUCAACCCAGGCCAGUCAGGUUAACUAACUGUGUUCUUGGAAUUCCCAUUGACCAGCUCCCACAGCAAGUCCCUUAUGUGUGGGAUUAAGGAUCCAGGGUAUUGAACGGCUGUAGUAGCACUGAUGAUGGAGCAUUGUGGUGUACCUCGGGGUUAACAAACCAUGCAGCCACAUCAGUGUAAAGACAAGGAACAGAUACUUUCAGAAUGGAUUUCUGUUUUUGUGGAUUGUUUUCAUUUUUAAAUGUAUUUAACAGAGGAAAAGAAUAAUAAUCAAAGCCCAUGAAAUCUACUCAGCAUAUUACACUAUUUAAUUUGAUUUCUUGUCUGUAUGUUAUGUACUCUUGUCCUGAUUAACUCACAGUUUCAUAGAGGUAAACUGUUCUUAAUGGCGUCACAUUGCAGCACAUGUGUCAUGUUCAAACCAACAAUAACAACCAUUGUAGCCUCUAUGGGUGAUUGUGAUGUAUGUCACAAAUCCCUGACUGGAACAUCUCCAGGAUUCAGCUGUCAAUGGCCUGGGAAGUCAACGUAGUGACAUACAACUCCCUUUGUUCCUUUAAUCCCAUCCUACACACCCCAAAACCUCUCUCCUAUUCUCUUUAAUUUCCUUUUUUUUGUGUGUGUAAAUACUGUAUAAUGCAUUUUGAUAUCAUUGACAUGUUUUGAUAUGUCAGUCACUACCAAUGAAUACAGCUGAAAGUAAAUUAUAAAUAAAAUUGACCAUGUUUUUCAUAGAGAGAGGAUGUGCUGACUAUGUGGCUCACGUUGCAAAAUUUCUGUGAAAAUGUAUAGAUCACAGUGACACAAUAAAUGCAGACUGUAUGCUCGAGACUUGUUUGGUGGGGAGGAUAGGACAGAGAGAGGACAGGACACAGAGAGAAGCAAAUGAGCUGUGGCGUCCUCACUCUGCCCUUGUUCUCCAUAUGCUUCCGUUUAAUGCGACUAUUGGCUGUGAAUAAUCUGUGUCUGAUUUGUUUUUCUAAAGGGCAUCUUCUCACAAAAAACAUGUGACCUCAUAUUGCAGUUUUUAAUAUGAAGGAUUUUUAUCAAUUUAAGAACUUUUAAACAGGGAAAAAAAAUACUUAAGAGAACUUCAUAUUAAAUUAAGAUGAAAUGAAAAAGUAAUACUUAUGGGGGAGGGGAAACUGUGUCAUUUGCUAUUUGCUCCUGUGACAUCUUUGUAUAGAUUGAAGCUCUCUCACUGAUCCUCUCUCAGUCCUCUGUGUAUAUCGAUUGUUGACCAUCUCUGUACUUCUAUUGUGAUGUAUAAUACUGUACCAUUAGGAAGAUUUGCUGGUGGGGUGGUUAUGUUGAGUCGGGUGGGUUGGGGGAUUCAAGGGAAGGGUAUAUAAAUGAUUCUCAUGUACCGUUCAUGGUCCUUUCUGAUGACACGGCAGUAUUCAAUAUGAAGCAGUCUGUCUCUUAGGUUUGCUUUGUAUUUUCAUGGUAGGAUAGUCCAGAAUCUUGUCUUAGGGACUUAGGUGUCUUGUGUAGUUAAUAAAGAUGUUCUUUGUAUGUUUCUUUAUAUUGUAAAGUUUCUUUAGACUGAAAGAAAACCAGAUAAUUUGCUUAUCUAAAAAGAAACAAUGCAUCAAUAAUAAAUGUCAUUUGAUUUUU